CCAGGGAACAACACAGGGAAGAACAGGAGUGCAGAACAAUGGUGGAGGAAGCGGAGGAACAGAUGGGGAAGGAUCCAUACACAGACAUCUACUGAGAAAGACGACGAGAUCAGUGGAUGAACAAAUGGGAGACCCUCCAGGUAGAACAACAAGAAGCAUGGGCUAAAAGAGCGCAGGAAAGGGGGAUGGUGAAGGUGGAUAGGAUGUCGAAGGAGACCUUUCGACGGUUGUGCCCGGCCCGGUCACACGGGACCAUCCGCGCACUCCUCCAUCCAUUCAACAUGCAGGAUGACCUGGCGGAAGAUACGGAAACCAUGGCCGUAUAUGCCACUACUUACUUCAUCGACAUUUUGACCUCGCGCCGACCCCCAGAAGAGUCGCUGGAACAACUCCGGAUGGAACAUGAUCUAUGGCAGUUCACAAACAAACAGCUGGCGAUGGAACAGAGACACUCAUUGGACCGACCGUUGACAUUAGAGGAACUGAAAGAAGCAGCGGGCUGCAUGGUCAAAGGAAAAGCCCCUGGAGACGAUGGUCUUCCAGUGGAGUUCUUUUUGGCCACGUGGGAGGUGGUAGGUCCGAUCCUAGUACGGCUGUUCAACAGGGUGCUAGAGGGAGCACUGUUGACGGAGGAUAUGUGCAGAGGGGUUAUUACCCUCUUGUACACGAAGGGGGACAAGAGGAAUGUGCGCAAUUGGCGCCCAAUUUCCUUGCUGAACGUGGCGUAUAAGAUCCUUGCCAAAGCGCUUUCAAGAAGCUUGACUCCUCUUCUUCCAGAGUUGGUGAACGCAGAUCAAGGCGCGUUUGUAAAAGGGAGAUCUAUAACGGAGAAUAUGUUAACAGCGAUGGGCGCGCUGGAGAUCAUUGGUAGCGAGAGGCGUCAAGUUGUGGUGGCAAUGCUGGACUUGGAACAGGCAUACGACCGUGUCAACUGGUCCUUUGUGUUGGCUACACUAGAACACAUGAAUGUUGGGUUUCCAUUCAGAAGGUGGGUCUCUGUGAUGUAUCGAUACUCCACAGCCACUGUCCUAGUGAAUGGAAGGCGGUUGCCGAUCUUCAGCCUGUCACGCUCCCUGCGUCAAGGGUAUCCGCUGGCCCCGCUACUGUUCGUGUUGCAUAUUGAAGUAGCGUUAAACGCCAUGUGGGCUGCUCCAAUACUCAGAGGACUGAAGCUGCACGACAAUAAAGAGAUCCUGACAGGGGCUAUCGCGGAUGACUUAUUGCUGGUUGCAGAAGCUAUUCCGGAAUCCAUGAAUGCAGCAAAGUGUGUUCUGGACCAAUAUUAUUGUCUGUCCGAAGCCAAGGUCAACUGGGAUAAAUCCGUGUCUUUUUUACCCCAGGAAUACGAGUUGGAGAAUGACUGGACUAUGAAGCGAAUCCAGUAUGGAGAGUCAGAGCGACCCAGAUCCGCAUUCGGGCUGGCCUGGUGGAUUGCAUGGAGGAAGCUCCGUCCCACGCAGCCUCACGAGCCACAUACAAGGGAGGAGAUACUUUGCCAACCCCUGUUCGACAAUCCGGCGAUCUCCACCGCUGGUCAAGUCUUCUUAGCAACGGACCGGCCUGGCAACUUCGGGAAGAAAUGGAUUGAAAGGGGGGUCUCUAGAGUAGCAGACCUGUGGGUGGAACCCGAACUGGACGGGAAAUCGGAGGAAGCCAUCCGUCUCUCACUAGGGCGUAUCCACAGAGUGGGGGAACGACUGCAGUUGCUGAUCCAAGCCAUCCCAGGAGCUUGGAAGUACAAACUGUUGGCAGGUGCCAAGUUGGAAGAGGGGGCGUGGUAUAAGAGAGGAGUGGACCAGGGGAAGCUGGAGGAAGUUUUCAAAGUGGAAGCGGAGGCAGAAUCGGAAUCGGAUACAGAAGGGGACGAGGAGACAGAAUGGGUAACGGUCUCUAGGUGGAAGGUGAAGGAUGGACAUGGGGGAGAGCAAGCACUGACCAGGGUCUCAGAAAUGGAGAUGAACUCGAACACAGAUCUGACGGAAAUCAGAGUUCUCUCGAAGUCAGGAGGCUCGGGCAGAAAAGGGAUGGUCACAGUCCAAGGGGGGGCAGCCCUGCAAGAUCUGAGAUUGGACCCAGGCAGUUGCCUGUGGCAGGAUCAUCCACCAUUUAAAAGGAGCUUAGUGCAAUACAACACUAAGCUGGGGAGAAACCUGCAAUACACAAGUGCCCUACUUGCCUCGGAGAUGACAGGCCUUUCAGCUACGGCCAACUGUCGGGGCAAAUCCAGAAGAACGCCGUACGGGCAAGGCGGGAGACAGCAACACGUGGAGGGCGGGAAAGACGAAGGCGCGGAAACGUGAACGGGCAAUCGUAUUCCCUCGAACACAGCGCACCCUUUUUUUUUUUUUUUUUUUUUUUUAAUCAAUUCUUCAUUAAUAG